ACGUCUGGGGCGUGCCCGCGGUGGAGGCGAGUAGUGCGCUGGGCUGUAGGCGGAGACGGCUGGUGGGGAUCCGGGCUCGCGGCUGAGAUCUGGGGCGGCCGGCGCCAUGAGCACCGUGGACCUUGCCCGCGUUGGCGCGUGUGUCCUGAAGCAUGCGGUCACCGGGGAGGCCGUAGAGCUGCGGAACCUGUGGCAGGAGCAGGCGUGCGUGGUGGCCGGUUUGCGGCGUUUCGGCUGCAUGGUGUGUCGCUGGAUCGCCCGGGACCUCAGCAACCUCAAGGGGCUCCUGGAUCAGCACGGCGUGCGCCUGGUGGGCGUGGGGCCAGAGGCCCUGGGCCUGCAGGAGUUCCUGGAUGGUGGCUACUUCGCGGGAGAGCUCUACCUGGACGAGAGCAAGCAGUUUUACAAGGAGCUGGGCUUCAAGCGGUACAACAGCUUGAGCAUCCUGCCGGCUGCCCUGGGGAAGCCUGUUCGUGAAGUGGCUGCCAAGGCCAAGGCUGUCGGCAUCCAGGGGAAUUUGUCCGGGGAUCUGCUGCAGAGCGGAGGGCUGCUGGUGGUUGCCAAAGGUGGUGAUAAAGUGCUGCUGCACUUUGUCCAGAAGUCCCCGGGUGACUAUGCCCCACUGGAGAGCAUCCUGCAGGCCUUGGGCAUCUCUGCAGAGGUUGGCCCCAGUGAGCCGCCCCAGUGCGAUGAAGAGGCAUGCUCGAGGUGAAGGUCCCAGGAGGUGUCGCCUGCCCCAGGCACACUGGGAGCUGGAUGUGAGCAGACUCCAGAAUCUCUGGACGCCCUGGUCUGUGAGCAGCAACGAGCAUUAAAUUGUGGUCUCUGG